AUGAUAAGCUUACAGAGAAGAUUCGAAGAAGGUAUCAGCUCAUGGAACCAAUUUAAUAAAGUACACAAUCAGACUGGAGCCGUUUUAGCUGAAAAAGUCCGUGAAGCGCAUCGUUUGGUGUAUCAUUCUAUUCAUGAAUUACAUAAUCAAUGUGAUAGAAGCAUACAUUUUUUAAAUGAGAUUAAUGUCGAAUUUAAAGUAGCCAAAGCCACCAAAAACUUUGAUAUGGAUGAGUUAGAAGAACUUAUGUUGACUAUGACUAAAAUGUUGGAUCAACUAGAAAUUAAAAGAUGUCGUGAUAAACUCAUCUCAAAGCAGCUUGAUAAUGAAUCUGUACAAAAAAUUAAGGCAGAAAAAGACAAAAUAAACUAUGAUCGUGAUCAAGUAAAUCAAAAAACGCUCAAAAAGGGUAAGUACGUAGGUUCUGUUACCGUUGGUGGUCUUUCUACUGUCGCAACAGAUUUUUUUGGAACAAUAAAUCCUUUAUACUUUGGGUCUGCUUGUCUUGCAGCUUUUAGUAUUCCCAUACUCAUCGCUGCUGUACAAAACUGCUAUGGAAAAAUGGAUUGUAAAAAAAUCGACAAGAACGCACAAGAUUUAUUGAGCAAGAUGAACGGAUUACAAAAAGAUUUUGUAUGCUUACAGCUUGAAAUUAACGGAAUGUCUUCAGAGAUAGAAAACUAUGUUUUAUCAAUUUCAAAAUGUAUGAACUAUACCUGUCCUGAUGAUUCUAAAAACAAAGCACAUCGCAUACGGGUCAAGAAAAUGGCCAAAAACAUGAUUUUAUCGACUGAGGCAUUGAAGAAUAAAUUCGUAGGAAUCAGAGACAUGGCAAGACAAAAAGAAAAAGAGCUACAAAGCAUGCUCCUUAAUCAUGAACCACUGAAACUCUUGCUAAAUCCUCAUGAACCAACCGCACUUUUGCUUGAACAAUAA